AUGGCCGAUCCUGUAAUUGGUGCUACUGUUCAAGUUUUGCUUGAAAAGCUGCUUUCUCUCACUAUUGAGGAAUUCAGUAGCUCAAGGGACUGCAACAAAGAUCUUGAAAUGUUGACACAAAAUGUAUCCUUCAUCCAAGCUUUCAUUCAUGAUGCCGAAAGACGACAAGUUGAGGAUCAGUCUGUGAAACUAUGGCUCAACAGGCUUGAGAGGGCUGCUGAAAAUGCUGAAAAUGUGUUUGACAAAUUCAGGUAUGAAUCUCUCAAAAGACAAGUGAGGAUCAGAAACAAUCCAAUGAGAAAGGUCAGUGAUUUCUUUUCUCAUACUGCUUUUAAGAACAAAAUGUCUCGAAAAAUCAACAUCAUUAAUGAAGAGUUGAGGGGUAUCAAUAAAGUAGCCAGAGACCUUGGUCUCCAAUCACUCAUGGUCCCUCCUCGGAAAAUACUACCGAUUCGAGAAACAGAUUCCGUAGUAGUUGCUUCGUAUGUUGUUGGCAGAGACAACGAUGUUGCUGAAAUAAAGGAGAAGAUAUUGACCAUAAGAGAGGAUAUUGAUCUGUGCACCAUUCCCAUAGUGGGUAUGGGGGGUUUAGGGAAAACAACUGUGGCCAAGAGAAUUUUCAAUGAUGAACAGAUCGAAAAACACUUCGAAAAGAGAGUAUGGUUGUGUCUACCUGAAAUGUCAGAUAUUAAGAGAUUUCUUGAACUGAUCCUCGAAUCAUUGACAAAGAGGAAAGUUGAGGUCCAGAGCAGAGAUAUAAUAGUCAAGACGCUACAAGAUGAACUGGCAGGAAGAAAGUAUUUGCUUGUCCUGGAUGAUUUGUGGCGUGUUGACCCAACAUUGUGGGAUGAGUUUGUGGACACCUUGCGAGGAAUAAAUACAUCCCGAGGAAACUUCAUUCUCGUGACUACUCGUAUGGAAUUGGUGGCAUCGACAGUAGCAGCAGUACUAGGUCCUCAUAUGUUGGAAAAAUUAGCAGAAGAUGAUUGUUGGUCCAUUUUCAAACAAAGAGCGUUUGUUGAUGGUAAAAUUCCAGAGGAAAUAGUGAGCAUGGAGAAAAGGAUUGUUGAAAUGUGCCAAGGUUUACCAUUGGCAGCAAGUGUGCUGGGAGGCCUCUUACGCAGUAAGGAAAAAGAUGAAUGGCAGGCAAUUCUUGAUGGCAACCCCCUUGUUGCAGGUAAAAAUGAUAACGGAGAAAAGAGCAUAAAGAAAAUCCUAAAACUCAGCUAUGAUUAUCUACCAUCUCCACAACUGAAAAAAUGCUUCGCUUACUUUGCAAUGUUUCCAAAAGAUUUUGAGUUUGAAAAGGAACAACUUAUCCAACUCUGGAUGGCAGAAGGCUUUCUCCAUCCAUGUCAAGAGACCACUGUGAUGGAAGACGUUGGGCACAGGGCAACAAUGGAGAAAAACUUUCUCAAGUUCGAUACUUUGGAUGUGAGUUACCAGGGGAUCAAAUAG